AUGCCUCUCAAGGACGGGAUUUACAUUAUCUCCAGCACCCUCCCUACUAAUCCUGUUCUUGAUAUUGAUGCCACUGCCAACCCCUUCAAUAGCCCCAUCUCCGGUGUAGUUGGUUUUACGAGAGACAACUACUACACCACAAACAAACAUCAGCAGUGGGUAGUGACCACUCUUCGUCGGGGCGUCUAUAGCUUGAAGUCUACUCUCGGUAACGUCUGGAUCACUGCUCCGGCCGAUGGUGUUUCUCAGCUUGACACGUCCGUAUACGAUUCCGUUCAUAACGAGGAUACCCGUUGGAAAAUCACCAAUAUCACCAGGGACACCUAUCAAAUUGAAAGUGUGCCAUUCCCGGACUGCGUCAUAGACCUCCAGGGUGGCAGUUCGGCUGAUAACACUCAUGCGAUUCUGUAUCCGAAUAUUAAAAGCGCCAACCAAAUCUGGAGGUUUCUCCCUGUUGCAAUCUAACAGCAUCACGGUUUU